UGCCUCAGCCUCCCAAAGUGCUAGGAUUUGAGGCGUGAGCCACUAUGCCCAGCCAAAGUUCUUAAUUUUUAAUGCCAAUAUAAGUUCCAGGCUAUCAGACCUAAAUUUUACCCAAGGCUUUUGCAUGACUAGUUUCUGAAAGUACAGCAGGUAGUCUGGCCGAACAAACGUAAGACCAAUUCUUGGAAUAACAAUGUAUUAUCUUGUCAGAGAGUUCCUCUAUAAUACAUCAUUUGUACUGUCAAUUGGCAACUACCUUUAUUUUUCAGUAAGUUUUCUGUGUUUCUAUUAUCUACUCUUCUAUUCUCUUAAUCAUUCUCUAGUGUCUUCACAUUGGUGAAUUGAUCAAAUGUCUUGACAUUAAUUGACAUUGUAGAAAAAAGUGUUAAAAAUUGAUUGGUUCCAGGAUUAUGCUUUUUGUUGUUGUUGUUUUAGGAGAUUGUAAAUAUUCCACUUUGAGUAGGGUGAUUAGUAAUUUAGCAAAUGUUACUGGAAGAAAUGGCAAAUUAAAAAGAACUUAGAGUUUCCCUUGAUGAAUAAUACUAUAUUUAAUACAUUUCUGUGCUUCUAAAUUUUCAUUACUUAUCAGAUAUGAUGUCAAUUUAAUAUAGCCUUUUUAAAAAGGGCAACUACCGUAAAAUAUAUGCAUUAUUUGUAAGAUAAUUCCAAUUUUAGAAACUUUGCAAUGUUGGAAAAAAUAGGAAUUAAGGAAAUUAAGGUGUUCUGGGGUUCUGGAGUAGCAUUUCAGAAAACUGUUGAUAGAUCAGGAAGUAUGCAAUUUUUAAGGCCCCCUCAUUUUUUCCCCCAGCUAGUAGAGCAAAGAGGUAAAUGGAUAUACUAGAGGCUCUCUUCUUAUGAAUCUUAGUUUUGUCCAAUUUUGACAAAUCUUUUCACAGGGACUUUAUUUUAGCAAGUCGUUUGAUAAACAUGUCAAUAUGUAUGUGAUAUACACAUACAUAUGUAAUAUUUUAAGAUUAGGGUAUAUUUGAGGCUAAGAAAGGAAAAUAGGGCUAUUAUACUUCAAAAUAAAACAGUGAAACUAAUAUAUAAAGUUUUUACUGAAAAUUUACAAAUAUUAUAAAAAAUUAAGAAAAGGGUGCCAAUGACCAUUGUAUUAUUGAUGAAACAACAAUGGAAAAAGCCCAUGUAUUCGUAUUUAGAUAUAUGUCUGCUUAUUUGAAUGUCACAUUUUAUUUUACAUAAUGAUGUUUAUUUUUUAUUAAAUAUCUUUGGAAUUGUUGGUGAGCUGGAGCCAAGAGUGUGAUAAAUUUAUCAUUACUUAGAAAAAAUUUUUUAUGUUAUUUACCAUGUAUAAAUUUAGUUCACCUUGUCACAUCCAAACUUGUCCUUGGCUUUUGAAAUUUGUAAUACCUUCUUUAUUGGGCAAAAAUGCAAGUAUGCAUGAUUCCUAAGUCCAAAAAGAGGUUAUAUGCAAUAAAGUUUGUUUGAUAACAUGAAAAAAAGUUAUUUUUUAGAGAAGUGUAUUGUUAUUUACCCAAAUGGAUAAUGGGCUCUAUUUUCUAUGAAGAGAAAAGAAAUACAAUUCUAGAGAUACAAUGGCCAUAUACUUUGUUUUACAUUCCUAGGCAAGGUACAUGCUGUGUUUUAUGCUAUAGUUCUUUUCAUUUGGUAUGUGAUGCAUUUUAAUUCCCCAUGCACUUAGUUUGUAUGUAUACUUUUGAAAAAUUUUAACUUUGAAUCACAUCAUGUGUGUGUGUAUCUACACAUGAAAGAUGUAAAAUAUGUUGAUUCACAAGGGCAUGCAAAUUGCAAAAUGUACAUAAAAUAAAUCUAAUCCAUAAGUGCAAUAUUUCACAACUAUAAUGUAUGAUAACUAUGUAAGGGAACUCAAUUUUUAACAGAUGCUGUGUCAUGUUUUAUAGUUUGUAACAAACCCCUUUUCUAAAAAUGAAAAAAAAAUUGUGUAUCUUUGUACUAUCUGAUUAUGCGCACUUAAUUUCCCUUAUUGAUUCUGAGAGAAUGAAAAAAAUUAUUUUUUAGAGAAUUGUAUUGUUAUUUACCCAAAUGGAUAAUUGGCCCUAUUUUUUAAGAAGAGAGAAUCAGUUCUGAGAGAACCAAUAAGGGAAACCGAACAAGACGGCAUAUCAGUUACGGAUGGGAACAAAGAACCAAAAACAGGAGCAGGUUAAGUUUGAAGAGCUGCCUGAGCUUCCUGCAGAUGCAUGUCCAAAAGCGAUGGAAUCCUGAGGGCUUGUUUCUGUGACUUUUGUUAUCUCCAGCCUUCUUUUUAUUGUGAUGUGUGUGUGCACGUGUUUGCAUGUGUGUGUGCACUCUUGUGCAGUUGCGGUACAGAUAUAUGAAGAUUGGCCGUCCACUUAGCUGGAAUAAUUUGGAAGAUAACUUUCUGGAAAUCAGUGUCCUUAGGGAUUUGAUGAUUCCAGGUGAGUCCAGGUCACCAGGAGCCUUGCCUCCCAUUGGAUGGCUGGUUGAAACCCAGAGCAGGGCUCUGAAGAGAUAGAUAUGGACCAUAAUGAAUUCCCUAGCUCUGCCACUCUUUAUUUCUUCUUCUGGUAAGAGGACGAAAAUAGGUGUUGAAAAUUAGGAAGCUGUAUGCAGCAAUAGCUUUGAGAUUGGGCUUUAGAAUCAGUAAACCUUGUUUGAGUUCCGGCUCUGCCCCCUGCUAGUUUCUCCACAGCGGGUGCUUCUGACUAAGCUGGACUCUACAGGAUGGAAGGGAGGAUGUGCCCUCCCAGAAACGCUGCAUUUGCUCCCUGUUCCAGAGGAGCCCUCAGCAGGCUGAUGGCUGCUCACACCUGUUGCAGGAGGUGGUCAGAGAACGGCUGGAGCAAUUCUGGAUUUUGUUUUGCUCAGAGGUGUUUACCUAUCAUUAGCCACUUGGUGGCACAGAAAAUGUUCAAUCCAUCUAUCUUCCUGUCUAGUGGAUUUUUCAGUUACCCCAUGAAUUACAUCUUUUCACUGACUUAACACAUAGCCUUGGCCCAGGUGUCCUCAAAUACAGCACUAACAUGAAAUGCAUGUGUUGACUCUGCAGCCAUUUUUAUUUCUGUCUGAGACAGGUUUUAGGUUAGUAGAUAAAACAUUCUUGACAUCUUUAAUAGCCUUCAUAGGGUCUUUUAUAAAUAAUAGAUGUCAACUGAUAGUUUUUUUCCCUAAGCACUGAUGACAUUUCAAAAAAGAAUUUGGUGGGUGGCUGCAGAUUGCUUUUGGAAAAUAAAAACUAUUUACUUGUUUUACCGUCAAAUGGCUCUUUCAUUAUUAAUACUUUGCCGUUUUGAAAAUGUUGUCUUAAUGCCACAAAGAACAUGUUGCACCAAUGAGCUAAUCAUAGUCAAAGAAAACAUUGAUUCUAAGAGUGGUUUGCAGCAGUACUCUGUCCUAGAAUGAUACCUGCAGGGGAAAGAUUAUUAAAGGAUGAGUUCUCAUUCCCACCAAAUUGGCUUUGGUGGGAGUGAUAUACGAAGCAAAGAAACCCAUAGCUUGGGGGUUAGGCAGUGAAGGGGAUCUGCAUUUUUUUGGAGGGGAAAAUUUUGUUAAAGAAUAACAUAGAUUCAGAAAGUGCCUACCUUCAGUGUACAGUUUGAUGAAUAUUUACCAAUUGCACAUGCCCAUGUGACUGGUACCCAGAGAAAGAAACAGACAUAACUGGCACUUCAGAAUCUCCCAUGUGUAACUUUAUUUAUUCACUAUGCCCCCUAAGAAACCACUGUUCUAACAUCAGAGAUUAGUUUUGCUGUUUUUUAACCUUUUUUAGAUGCAUUGCUGAGCAUGUACUAUUUUAUGUCUGGCUGUUUUGCUCAACAUAAUGUCUGUGAAAUUCAUCCAUACUUUUGCAUGCAGUUGUGAUUCAUUCAACUGAAUAAAUAAUUUCUGUAUAGUGUUGAAUGAAUAUAAUUUGUGUUGAUGAGCAUUUGGGUAGUUUCAGUUUUUAACUGUUACAAAUAGUGCUGUUUUGAAUGUAAUAGUCCCCCCCUUUUAUUCACAGUUUUGCUUUCCAUGGCUUUAGUUAUCCAUGGUCAACUGUGGUCUGAAAAUAUCAAGUGGAAAGUUCCAGAAUUAUAAACAAUUCAUAAGUCUUAAAUGCUACAUUACAAAGCCUGUAGCAUUCACCUUACUUCGUCUCAUCAUGUAGGCAUUUUAUCAUCUCACUUUGUCACAAGAAGAAGGGUCUUGUAGAAAUUUGCCUGAUGCACCCCCUCGACGUGGUAAAAACCAGGUUUCAGAUUCAGAGAUGUGCAACUGAUCCAAACAGUUAUAAAAGCUUGGGAGACAGUUUUCGAAUGAUUUUCCAAGUGGAAGGGUUGUUUGGUUUUUACAAGGGAAUUCUGCCACCUAUCUUGGCUGAAACACCAAAAAGAGCAGUGAAGUUUUUCACCUUUGAGCAGUACAAAAAAUUGCUAGGAUAUGUGUCACUGUCACCAGCAUUGACAUUCACCAUUGCUGGAUUGGGAUCUGGACUAACAGAAGCCAUCAUAGUUAACCCUUUUGAGGUAGUAAAAGUUGGCUUGCAAGCAAAUCGGAACACAUUUGCAGAGCAACCAUCUACUAUGGGUUAUGCAAGACAAAUCAUUAAGAAGGAAGGCUGGGGACUCCAGGGCCUCAACAAAGGAUUAACUGCAACUUUGGGACGACAUGGAGUUUUCAACAUGGUCUAUUUUGGCUUCUACUACAAUGUCAAAAACAUGAUUCCUGUCAAUAAGGAUCCAACCUUGGAGUUUUUGAGAAAAUUUGGGAUUGGUCUUCUCUCGGGGACAAUAGCCUCAGUCAUUAACAUCCCUUUUGAUGUUGCCAAAAGUAGGAUUCAAGGGCCUCAACCAGUUCCUGGAGAGAUCAAGUACAGAACCUGUUUCAAAACAAUGGCAACAGUCUAUCAGGAAGAAGGGAUUUUAGCUUUGUACAAAGGCCUGCUUCCCAAAAUUAUGAGACUUGGACCAGGUGGUGCAGUGAUGCUGCUGGUUUAUGAAUACACCUAUUCAUGGCUUCAGGAGAACUGGUGAUUGCCUAGGAAGCGUUUUUCCCCCUUGAGAUAGUGGAUAUUUGCUAUGCAGCACCAUGAAGAAGAGAGACUAUCGAUCAGCCAGGUGUAUAAUUAUGAAGGAGAAAACUAUUUAAGAACAAAAUCCAUUUUAAUACUUAAAAAAUUGUCUUUAGGCUACUUGAUAGUUUUGGCCAUAUAAAUAAAACUAUGAGAAGAAAAAAUAAUAUGGAACAAUGAGGUAUUUAAACGGAAUAUAGAAAAAUAGCAUAGAAAUCAUAUAUUUCAUAAAAGAAAUAUAAACUUUGUUUCCUAAGUUCCUCUUCACUGCUUCACAACAAAAAUUCAUUGCAUUAAUCAGUAUUUUUCCUAAGAGGUCUAUAAAUGUUUAAACUAUUGAAAAUAAAUGAAAUUGUUCAAAGAAAGACUGGGUUAAAAAAAAGUUAAGCCAAAUUUAAACAGUUUUUAUAAUGAAUUAAAUUAUUCAAUAAACAAUAUUUAAAGAGCACAUGAAAAAUGUUUUUAAAAUGCACUAAAAUGACCUUUAUAAUUACUACGUUAAAAUCUGUUGGUUUUCAUUAGUAUGCACAUCUCAGCUCUAUUUUCCUAUAUAUCUCACAGUGUUGUAAGAUAAUAAACAGGUAUUUUAAAACACUGUUUAAAACAGAAUGUUAAAACACUGUUGUUUAAGCAUGUAUUUUUAAAUCAUGGUAUCCAAAAUCUCUUCUAACAAGUAGAAAACAUGAAAUAAAUUUAAACUACUUUCCUUCACGUCAUUCUCUUUGAAGAUGAGUUUUGUUGACGAGGUAUUUUCAUGUUAAAUCACAAAUUGGAAGCACUCCUUGGACCCAUUUGUGCCAUCAGUAUUUGCAUCCAAAUACGUUUGUUCAGCUUGCUUACCUGUGCCAUUUUAAGUAAUAAUGUAUAGAACAGAACUGCAUUUCCAGGAUAUUAGGUUUAAAUGACAGCUUCAGGUGUGAAGUCAGCUGUCUGCAGUACUAAAAUAUGUAUGAUGAAGGGAAAGUUUCCAAAAAAGAAAUACACUUAGCAUUUCCAAGGAUUACUAUACCAACAUGUACCACCAAAAAUAUCUCCUUGGUCUUGAUGUAACCAAACUUGAUUUUAUAUCUGCAUCCUGAAAUGAUGCUGAUUCAGUAGUUAAAGUCAACCAGAAUACCUGAAAGUCCCCACAACACCUGUCCUAAAUUACUACUAAGGGCUAUUACUACUAUGGACUAUUUCAAGAAAGCAUUUUGAAAAUAAAAAUUAAAAGAUAACAUAGUAAUUAUUACUUUUUAUUAAUUUAGAGCAUUUGAAGUAUAAAAAUAAAAGGCUUCUGACAUACUGUAUAUACAUACAUAGCCUUCUGUUGUACAUCCUUUCCAACGUGUUUUUAAAAUUUAUUUUUCAGUCCAAUAUUCAAUAAGAGGGUCAUUAAAAAACAAAAUAAAAAUGUUUUAAAAAGAGAAAUAAGAAUGUGUCUCUGUUGCACAACUGCAUUCUGUCCUUGCAGGUAAUUGUUUUGCAUCCUAUGAGAGUACUGCCUGUAUAGAGCCCAUGAAAUUGAACCUUUAACCUCUCCAUGUGGAUAAGAUAGAAAAGUAUUUCUGAAGAGUACAUUUGCCAGUUAAGCAACACUUUUACCGUCUAUGAGAUAGAGGAAAUAUGUCAACAUUAACCAAUAAUAAUAAUCUUUGAAAGCCCUUUAAUCCAUCCUAUUUUCCUUCUCAUAUUUUAAAAAGUGGCUUUAAAUCAUAAUUUGCUUUGAAUAGCAAAUUGUAUCUGUUGUCUUUUAAAAAUUACUCCAUGUGAAUUCACUGUUAAGACUUAGGGGGAGAAAACAAAACUUCAAUACCAUUAAUAUUAGAUUUUUUAAAAUACAAGAACCAGAAAAAAUAUAUAAAUAGCACAACAAGAAAUUUCUUAAUUUAGAUAAAGAAAAUAACAUUAUUUGCAUUUCCACAUAAGCAAUUAAUAUUUUUUAAAGCCCCCUCACAGCCACCUAAAAACAUGUGAUAAAGAAUAGUUCUAUACCUUAUGUCAGUUUUUCAGACAACAGGAGAGUCCCUGUAUGGUAUGGUUUUAAAGUCUCCACCAAAAUAUUGGAUUGGAUCUUUGUUCCAUUCAGUUUAUAGUCUAUUUUCUCACCAGACUGGGAACUUCAGAUGUCAAUGGGAGUUUUACAAGAUCAAAGGAAGACUACGGCCCUGAGUGUUCAUCUGCUCCUUCUGCUUAUUCUUCUCCUGAAGUUAUAAUCCUCUGUUUGUAGCACUGAAUUUCGGUUGCUUUAGAAAUAAAUGCAGUUCAAAGCUCUCUAUAAGAUAUCUGCUGUUUGAAAAAAGCAGUCAUUCUAACAAAACUUGUGUGUCAGAAAUCUGCUUACUGUUUACAUCCUAGUGAUUUGAAAACCUAGUUAAUCUAGCCAUCUGAGUUUUAAAUGAACCCAUGAAACCAACGUGGUGGAACCGCAUUGCCAUGUAGACUGUGCACAGCACAGACAGGAAGAAAUUAAAAUCACCUAGGGAAUCCAUCUUCAACAUCCAUAUCCAGUGAGGUGCUCUUUUAGUUAUUGCACAGAAUUAUUACCAAAACACCCUCAAUAUAUUAAUUUUCCAACAGUUGAACUGUACCAAUGUCCUAAAAACAUAUUUUUAAGCCUAUACUGCCAAUCAGGAAGAACUUACUAAACAGAAGUGAUUAAAAACUGUAGAAUUUUGCCGCAGAAAAUCAAUUGUUUUAAAAUUCAACACAUACACACAUGCUCACACACACAUAUACCCCACAGCUGUUAUUAACAUUAAAGUGAAAAAUAAAUUGGUCUCGAAAGGUUUAUGAGUUAAACUGUGUCCUGUAAUUUCAGAAAUGAAUAAAGGGAAUUUGUUAAAAUUAAA